GAGUUGGUGACGUAAAUACUUGCGGAAGCACGAAGUGGAAUGUUGAUACAUUGUUGUUGUUGUUUUGUAGUUAAUUUAGUACGGGGACACAUUUCGGUUCGACUGCUGGACUACUUUCAGAAUUGCGACAAGUAACUUCAACCCGUAUAGGACGGAAACUUCAUAAGCUUUACCGACCGAGAAUAUCCGCUUUCAUAAGUGUGACGUCUGUGGGAUUCUGGCCAGUUUAUGCAUGCAGGGUAUGACGACUCAGUUUAAAGGAAACAAGACUUUAAAGGUUAAGAAGGAGGUGGGUGAGAAUGCUCCGGCCCUCUGUGAUGACGAGCUGGUGGCCAUGUCGGUGCGUGAGCUCAACACACACCUGCGUGGGCUGACCAAGGAGGACGUGGUGCGGCUGAAGCAGCGGCGGAGGACCCUGAAGAACCGCGGCUACGCCGCCAGCUGCCGCAUCAAGCGGGUCACCCAGAAGGAGGAGCUGGAGAGGCAGAAGCAGGAUCUGCAACACGAGGUAGACAAGCUGGCCCGGGAGAACGCCAGCAUGAGGCUGGAGCUGGACGCCCUGCGCGCCAAGUAUGAGGCCCUGCAGUGCUUCGCCCGGACUGUCACCUGCGGGCCUCUCUCACCAGGCAAGGUGGCCACCACCAGCGUCAUCACCAUCAUCAAGUCUACAAACAACCACAACUCCAGCCCAACCUCCUUCUCAGCUCCCUCCUAGUUGUGACAGAACUGAGCUCUCGUCUCCCCGUCCUGCCUGGUCCUUACCGGUUCCGACCCAAUCCAGCCUGAAACCAAUUGCACCUGACCCAUGCUGAGAGGAAGCUCAGUAAUUAGACUGAGGGAAGGGGGUGGGGUGGCCACUAGCUCUGUGUGAUGAUAACAACAUAUGAUGCUGCAUUCAUUCUCUACUCUCUUUCUCUCACAUACUGUACAUAAUCUACAUUGUCUGUGCACUGUGUUACAACCGCCCCAGCACCGGCCGGGCAUUGGGCCUCUCUGACCCUCUCUCCUUGACUGAUGGCAGAGAUUAGCUCAUACUACAGUGUGAGUGGAUACUUGAUAUUAUACCCCGCGAUGGCAGCACUGGUCUGAGACAGCUCUGAUGCCUGUGGUAUCUUGCAUUUACAGAGUAUAAAGUAAUAUAUUAUUGUAAUAAUUACCGUAUUAAUACAUUAUAAACAUUUAAAAUAACAAACAAAAAAAUGCUGAUCUAAGCCUAAAAGCCUUCUUUCUUCUGUAUAUGAAAGCAUAUACUAAUGUCUCAAUGAAAAUUGAGGCAUUGACGCUUUUGCCUUAAACUGAUCUUGGAAUGAUCUCUCAGUAAUAUUCAAAUAUUCAUUUUUUUUGUCACUCUCAUACAGUAUGUUCAAUAUUUUAAGCUUUAAUAUUUCCAAUUUCAAGGGCAGCUUGAAAACCAUUAAAAAAAGAUCUAUAUAUAUUUGAGAACUGACCAAGCAUGUUUAGCUGGAUGAACCAGGCCCUUUUGACAUUGGAAAACCUUUUAUCUGGUUUAGACUGUAGAUUAGACUUGCAGGUAUAUAGCAUUAUAGCAUAGCCUACAUAAAAUAAUACAAACAUACUCAUGGGUUAUCCUCCUUACAGCUUUGAGGAACUAAAUCUGCAGUACAAGUCAAAUGCAAAUUAGGCUACAUCAGACAAAUGACAGAUCAUUGAACGGCACUUACUAUUAAACUGUUAGAUCACGGUGUAAAAUAACCAAAAUCACUUGGUUUGCAAAUGUUAAAUCAUAUAGCUGCAAAUUUACAUCUAAAAUCAUAGGACACCUGAAGCAUCUUUUUGGGAAAUACCGCAGUCCAUUUUUUUAUUACUUUAGCAAUGGGAGAUUGUAUGAUGCUGAUCAUAGUUUGUGGUCUAUCCCGGAAUUGCUAUAGUUGCAGCUAGUUUAUAACUAUUGCCAAGGGUGGCAUAAUUAUUUUAUGAUAAUAAGACAAGCACUUACCUAUGAUCUUUUGCCUCUGAACUUUCCUCCCCAUGCUAUGCCAUAUGUCAUGGUAGGUAAUCCAUAUUGGAUGUAGUGAUAAUGGGAGCUGCCUUGACAAAUGAAAUGCAAUUCAAUGAAUUCCUGUAUAUUACAGACUUAAGCAAGACCCUCUAUUUUAGUUUCAAUGCAAGAUAAGGAAAAUGGAAGCUCAACUGCCUCCUGUCACUUUACAUUGAGAACUCUGUCCUCUUAGAAAUCAUUCCUACUGUUGGGUUGUCUGAAAGUUGCCGGUGUUGCUGCCGGUGUUGGUAACUCUCUGAAACGGUAGACAUUGAACACAAAUGCUUUCGACACAGACUCUUGGGUAAGAGGAAUCCCGGCAUAAAACUCAAGAGAACAAAAAACUCUAGGAAUGGUGUCACGACCAAAUCCAAUGGCACGUUAGCUUCAAGUGUUACCCAUAAACAAGCACAGGUUGAGUAUGCUUUUUGAAGGGUCUAAGUUUCAGUUCUAGAUAAUUAUCUAGAAUCUAUAGUUUUUGCAUUUCAGCCCUUAUCGAAGUUAGUCACGAGUGAAGUCUAGAGUUGGCUCUUGUCAAGGUUUUCUCUUGCCCUAGUGGACAUGACUUUUCCUCCUCCCCUGUUUCUUAGCUGUAAAGAUCACGAAGGGGGACUCUGCUGCUGCAUGGCUCUCUGCUAUUUCAGGCAGGGCCAUUGCUGUGCUCUUAUCAUUCUCAUCUUGUGUUUUCAUUUGGUAUAUUUGUUAUUACACAUUAAUUCCCAUGUCUUUUAUAUAUGUGUGUAUUUUUCUAUAAUUGUUGCUUUAUUAUAGGUAUAUUAAAUACCUGGGAGUGGUGUGAUCUUGUAAUCGUCCUCUGACGUAAAAUUAUUCUUAUUUUCUGGCCUAUCUCAGCAGGAUAGUUCAAUUAUUAUCUAUAGCAUCGAUUAAAUCAUAAGGAAUCUAUUCUGCUGACUUUAUAGUUGUAUUUGUGUCUUCUUAAGGUCAGUUCAUAAAUAUUACCUGCAAUCUACCCUCGGCUAGUCUGCAAAUUAGGCUGUCUGUGUUUACAGUCAUGCCUUUUUUAGAGUAGGUGGAUUGGGUAUAUUUUGAUAGGAAAGACUUACUUUGGUAGCUAAUUGCCAUAUGCCCACAUGCUAUUAUAAGGAAGUUACGUUUGUAUCACAUUGCUAAACUCAAAGACUUUUGAAGUUUGAGUUGAUGCUUUUGUGACAGCUAUGAAACAGAUACAAGUAUUACAAUUUGGAGGAGAAUAUACAGCAGAAUGCAAGUUAUGAAAUUACAGUUGAGUUGAAAACAUUUGAAUUAUUUAGCACCCUUUUCUGAGCUUUACAGUGACCUCUGCUGGUAGUCUUUAUACAUGCUGUGAAUAAGCACAUUAUUAUUGAUCAAAUUGUUUUGGAGACUUUUGCAGUCCAAUUGCAUAUCAGUUUAUAAAACUUUUAUCUGUUAGUUAUUGCUUUAAAUUUCAUUCAAUUCUGUUCUAAACAAAGCCACAAUACUGUCUGACUCAAAUUUGAGUGCAAACAUAUACUUUAUACACAUGGCUCUGCCAGUUGAAGAUGGAGUAUGGAAGCACUAGUAGUUAUGCUCUUCCUGCACAGCAGGUGGCUGUGUUAUCCCUCAGUACCCUCCAUCUAGAAAUAAAGAACCUUGCUCCUAGAGUUGGAUUGAACAUUGACUACGGCAAAUUCAUAUGCACAGGGCACUGUAAUGGAACUGCUAGCAACUAGAGGGCAAUGUAAAUAAGAUGUAUUUCUGCCAUGGUUGAUUGCAUCUUUUCUGAUAUGAGCCAUUAUAAUGCAACGGUAAGGAAAUUGGAUAGAUAGUUCAGAAACCAAGUGGGCACUUUUUUAAAUGUUUAUCUUGUACGUUUAGCUAUAUGUUGCCUUUUAGGCUGCCGCGGUUAAAUGAUUGUAUAUUCUUCACCUGAUUUAUAUCUACAUCAUGUUUUAUGUAGGCCUACACAUCUUUCCUAUAUUUGCUCUGUCAAUCCUACAAGCUAUUUGCCAUAAACGGACACAGAACAUACAUGUUAAAUGUCCUAUGUUCAGCAGAUGUACUUAUAAAUUGGUAAAACAGUUCCAUGACAUAUAAAGUAUGCUGCUCCAAAGUAGUACUUUGUAUACGUCAACAUUCAAAUGAGUAAACAAGGUGGUGGUGGGUGAAAGAAUAACAGUUGUAAUACAAUGGAUGUUAUGCUUUCACGGCAGGCUAGCCUAGUGGUUAGAGCAUUGGACUAGUAACCGGAAGGUUGCAAGUUCAAACCCCCGAGCUGACAAGGUACAAAUCUGUCGUUCUGCCCCUGAACAGGCAGUUAACCCACUGUUCCUAGGCCAUCAUUGAAAAUAAGAAUUUGUUCUUAACUGACUUGCCUAGUUAAGUAAAGGUAAAAUAAAUCAAAUAAACUCACCGUGUUCCACUUUGUAUCACACAAUUGUAUGUUAACUAUAAACAAAAAAGUUAUUGUGUGGACUUUCACAGUGAAUGGGAUCUCAAGUUUUAAUGCACAGCCACAACGACACUAAAUUAGAUGGUAAUUUGUCUAGUUUGUGGUAGUUAAUGAGGCAUGAUGAUAGUUCUAUUAUACUGCUUUCUAGCUGAUGAUGAAUGUAAAUAAAAUAAUGAGGCAGCACUUUGAAGAGAAACCGUACAAUUUGUGACCUUUCAUUACUCUGCUAACUAGUAUGUAUUUUAUUUGAACUUCAAUAUUUAUUUGAUUGAUUUUCUGUAAAUUGUAUUUUCAACAUCUAAAUUAUUUGAUUUACAUUCAUUUAUUUACUUGUUGCAUUUAAUGAAAUACCCUCCUGUACAAAUACAAUUUAAAAAAAAAUCUGUUUCGAUUGAAAACAAGGAGGUAAAUUAUUCCUGUAAAUAGAUGUCUGUUUUUGUACUUUUAAAUAAAGCUUUUUUUUCUCAUU